CUCACCUCUCUCUUUCUCUCUGCUCCAAAAUUCCUUCGCUUUUUUGCUUCUUUCUCAUCUCACUUCUCAAAAUCCCAAUUUUUUUCCCUCUCCCAUCAAAUGUCGGGCCCCCCCCCGCCGCUGCUCGGCGUCACCCCCGCAAUCGCCGACCUUUAGCCCAUCUACGAUCAGGAUUCGCCGCCGCCGGAGUUCGACUGGCCGCCGUUCCGAGCUUUCUAGGGCGCUUUCCCUCCGGUUUGGUUGCCGUUCUUGAGUUCUCGUCAGGGUUAGGGUUUCUGAAAGGCAUACUACGAUGGCGCCGGGUCGGAGGAGAGUGGGGAACAAGGGGAAGGCGAAGGAUAAGUUGAAAUUGGGGGAUCUUGUUCUCGCCAAGGUCAAGGGCUUUCCAGCGUGGCCUGCAAAGAUAAGCAAGCCGGAAGAUUGGGAUCGCUCACCUGAUCCCCGAAAGUAUUUUGUUGAGUUCUUUGGGACUGCAGAAAUUGCUUUUGUUGCACCUGCUGAUAUUCAAGUGUUUACUAACGAAUCAAAGAGUAAGUUGUUGGCGCGGUGUCAGGGUAAAACUGUAAAAUAUUUUGCUCAAGCUGUGGAGGAGAUUUGUGAGGAGUUCGAUGAAAUGCAACAGAAAGAUUUUACUGGUUCUGGAGAAGAUAUCGAUUCGUCUACAGCAGCUGAACCAACCGAUGACCUUGAGAAUAGCAGCCAUCGUAUGUAUCACAAAAUUCAUCAUUUGGAAGAUCAGGAGGUGGUACAUAUGAAGAAGGAUGCUGAUAAGACUGAAAGCUCCUUUGAUGAGCCACAUGGGCUGGAACGUUGUCCACAAAGUUGUGGUGGGAGCGCUGUUUUUCAGCCAUGUUCAGAUGGCGGGGAUCCAGAAUAUCUUUCAGUUAAGAAAAGGAAAAAAUUAUCAGACAGCACAAGAUUGAGUAAGGAAGGUAAAACAUCUGGUACUCCUUUUGCUAAGGAAGGUAGUUCCAGUAACCUGCCUGAUAAUGAAAACAUGGGUGCAGCCACAUUUUCUGAAACGAAAGUUAAAGAGACUUUUCUGAGCAAUGGUUGUCAGAAUCAGGAUUAUCAUCAUUCUGGAUCAUGUUCUAGUCCAGUUGAUGGUGUUAACACGGAGACUACAAAAAAUGAGUUAGUUUGUUCAGAAAAAGUAGUUAAUGCACAGAAGGUGAUAGGUUUUGAUAGUGACACUGCUUUGAUGGCUGAACCAAAAGUAAAUGCUGUGGUUGAUUCAAAAAUGAAAAAAAAUAACAUAUUGCACAAACAAAAAAGAAACUUAUCUACGGAAAGUGGUAAAUUUGGAGAUGGGAAUAACUUCGCAGGAUCAGAUGAAAGCUCUCCAAAAUUUGGCAAGGAAACUGACAGUGAAAAAGGAUCCCAUAACUUUACAAAAUCUAAGAAACAUACAUCUGAAAAAGAUGCAUUGCAGGGUGUUCAGAAAAGGGUUAGAGCAGAUAGCUUAAAGGUACGGGUCAGCGAAGGGUUAUCAUCUUCUCAUCUUCAGGGGGGAAGGUCCUUGCUCAGCAGUAAAAAUCAAAAGUCAGCUGACAUUGACUAUUCACAGUCAGCUAAACGAUUUAAAUGUGGUGAUGAGAGUGUUGGAAAAAUGUCGAGAAAUAAAGAUUCAUCACAUUCUGCUGGCAAAGUUAAAGGAGGUAAAGUUGUAAAAGGUAAACAAUCACUAUCCUCGUUGCAAGGCGAUGUUCAUGUGGCAUCUAAUUUGGAACACACUAGGAAGCAUAAAAUGGUGACAGCGAAUGUGCAUCUUCCAUCACAACGAAGUAGUCGAGUAUCAGAAUCAGCAUCUAUUUCUGCCCCCAAAAAUACUACACACACAACUGGAAAAAGUCCGGGCUUUGUGAAUGAUGGUGUAUCCACGACAGCACAUGUACGCUCAAGAAGAAGAGCAUUUCUAAUUGAUGACGAUGAAGAAGAUGAAGUUAAUAGAACCCCGGUUCACCAACAGUCUACGAGUAUUGUAACUUCUGCACAUUCGAAUGGUCAAAUUGCUGAAAAUUCCAGAGAUUCUGCAUUAACUAUAAUAAAAGCUUUGUCUGAAAAUGUAAAUUCUAAAAGAGAAGAAAUUUCUUCAACUGAUUUGGCAGCACCACUUAAAAAUAGUGAUGGUUCUUCAUCUCCUAAUGCCUUGGAGAAAGAGGUGAUAAGUACAGAAAAAGAAUUGGGGUUGCAAGCAUCUCGUAGUACUACAAAGCUAGAAUGUCAGAAAUCCUCUUCUGGUGAGGGCAGGGUAGCUGUUAUCUCACCCAAAGCUGUUAUCUCACCCAAAACCAAACCAGUGGAACAUAAAUCCAUCAAGCCCCAAGUGAAAUCUUCAGGUAACUCAUCAUCAAAGAAAGUUCAAGGCAGCUGUUCCAGACCAUCAAACCUUGUUUCUGCAAGUUUAGACCAUACACAUAAUCAGGAGAUCAGAAUAAAGAACGGAACAUCUUCUGUUGCAGAAAAAGUGCAUUUGAAUCCUAAAUCUGAUUCAGUUAUUGGUGGAUUCACAGAAAACAGGUCUAACAUCAACUUUUCAGCUGAGCCAAAUAUUGAGAAGGAUGCUCUAUAUGCAGAACGUGAAUUAUCUAAUUGCAGAUUAGAUGCUGGAAAAAGAGAAAAAGCAGCAACUACAUCUGUUAGUUCCAAGUUUGGAAAUUCUGACAAGUCACUGAAACAUCUCAUUGAAGCUGCUCAUGAGAAAAGGAAAAAGUCACAGCCACUGGGUCAACCACAUGAAAUUACUGCUCCUGCAGUUGCCACCCCGCCUUUGGUUAAUGGAAAGAGUCCAAGUCCUGUUUCUUCUGUCUAUCCUACCUCAUUGGAAAAUUCUCUUCAAAAAGAUUCAAAGCUGUUAUACCCUAUGAAGCCAUUUGGUUCUCCGUCUUUACCCGCUCAGCAACUUCCAUCAAAUCAAAUAAAUGACGAGGAAUUCAAUCACAAGAUUAGUCCUGGCCACAAACAACUUGGGGGUUCUUUAAGUGGUGGCACUGAAGCUUCUAUUGCUCGUGAUGCUUUGGAAGGUAUGUUGGAGACACUUUCAAGAACAAAGGACAGUAUUGGCCGUGCUACCCGUCUCGCCCUUAAUUGUGCCAAAUAUGGGAUUGCCAAUGAGGUUGUAGAACUUCUCAUUCGCAAGCUGGAGACAGAACCUAGCCUCCAUCGUCGAAUUGACCUCUUUUUUCUUGUGGACUCAAUCACCCAAUGCUCACACGGGCAGAAAGGCAUUGCUGGGGCUUCCUAUAUUCCCACAGUAGAAGCAGCAUUACCUCGUCUUCUUGGUGCUGCUGCUCCACCUGGGGCUGGUGCCCAGGAGAACCGUCGCCAGUGCCUGAAGGUUCUUGGAUUAUGGCUUGAGAGGAAGAUUCUUCCUGAAUCGCUUCUUCGUCGUUACAUGAAUGAUAUUGUUGUUCCAAGUGAGGACAUGACUGCCGCAUUUUUGCUAAGGCGUCCGUCACGAGCUGAGCGUUCUGUUGAUGAUCCCAUAAGAGAGAUGGAAGACAUGCUUGUAGAUGAGUAUGGAAGCAAUACAACCUUUCAGCUACCUGGGUUGUUCUCUUCUCAUGUAUUUGAAGAUGAAGAUGAUAUUCCCAAUGAUCUAGACAAUGUUAAGGAACAACUAGAUACAUUUGCCAGUGACAAAGGUCACCGCGUGUUACAAGAUGUUGAUGGUGAACUUGAAAUGGAAGAUGUUUCCACAACUUCAAAAGAUGAGAAAGUAAUUCAGGGGAGUAGUUCACUCAAAUUGGAUUCUCCGCAUCCAAAUCUCAGUCAAGGUUUGGAGUCAAAGUCCAUCAGCAUAACUGAAUAUCCUCCAUUGCCGUCAGACUGUCCACCCUUACCUUUAGAUUCUCCAUCGCCACCACCUCCCUUGCCUCAGUCACCACCUCCACCUCCACCACCAUCAUCACCACCACCACCUCCACCUCCACCCCUACCACCACUCCCUCCUCCAGCACUACCUCCUCUGCCAUCUUUUCCAAACCCACCUUUACCUCCUUCUCCCCCACCACCUUCAUUAUAUGUUCCUCAUGCACAUGACUACUGCAGGAUGCAAAGUGACAACCAACUAGACCAGAUCAGUGGAAACGCUGCCUUCCAGGCGCAUGGUAAUGCAGCUGUCAAGAGCGAUGUAAUUUUCCAGCAGCAGGCCAAUUUUAUGAGGACUGGAAAUGGCAAUCCACAACCUAUGCCAGCAUUUACUUCCAUGAGGCCUCUUGAGUAUGGAAACAAUGAUAUAUAUUCAACUCCUCAGGCUUCGAAUUCCAGCCAUCAAUUUCAACAAGGUGGUGGAUCUUUCCACCAGAGACCUUACCAUCCCCAACCACCUGUGCAGACACCUCCAAAUCAUCCACUUGCAACUGGAAAUCCACCAUCAAAUCAUUUUUCAUAUGCAAAACCUCUGAGCCAGCAGAAUUUACAGCAGUCAUACAAUCCAUACAGUGUAUCAUCCCAUCCAAAUGGUCACAGGCAAUAUGCUGCUGAUGAACCGAGAAGAAUUCAUUCUUCUGAAGUUGGUCCAGAUAGUCAACAUAAUGCAUGGCUAGCUGGAGGAAGAGGUCCAUCAUGCUCGGAUUCAUCUUUUGUGCAAGAGGGUAUAUUGUUUUUUUUUUCUCACAAAAUAGAUGCAUAACCUUUCAGACAUACUUGAACAUGGAAAUAUUUAGAAUAAUCAUGCAAAGUUGAGCAUUAUAUAUUUAUCACCACCUCUGUUGUAGUUGGCUUUCUUGAAGCUUGUUUUGCAUAACCUGUCAUUCCUACAAAUUUAACAUGAAUAAAGGGACAAGAUGUAUGAGUUUGACAAUUUACAUAAAGUUGACCAAUUUCUGGCGUGGUGGAU